AUGGGCCGACAGGCCGUGCGAUCGUGGCCUACAGAUAUGCAAGCGAAGGUUAGAACUACUUUCCGCGGUGAGAUAGGCUGGAUGAUGCUGGACAACGAGGACAAGGAAGUUGAGGUUCCCCCCGAACAGCCUGCUAACCUCCACAGCGACCUUUCCCAGUCAACCCCCGCAAGCGCGGGUGUCUGCGUCGAGAAAGAGCCCAAGCCACCUCACGAGUCGUCAUCUCAUGGGAUAGCUCCCGGCUGCCAUCUCUUACUUGAGAAUACUCUGUAA